AUGUCUGCUCCACACGGGCCCCGGGGCGGCCCUACUGCUGCUGCUGCUGCUCUGGCUGUGGCUGCUUCAGCGGACAGCGCUAUGGCGGAGAUGCCGGACCUCAGCCACCUCACCGAGGAGGAAAGGAAGAUCAUCAUGGGUGUCAUGGACCGACAGAAAAAGGAGGACGCGAAGGAACAGACGAUGCUCAAGAUCAAAGAAGAACCAAAGCCUCAGCCUGCACAGUGGUUUGCCUUUAGUGGGAUCACUGAGCUGGUAAAUAACGUUCUUCAGCCCCAGGAAAAGUCCAAAAAUGACAAGGAGCCUGAGCCUGACGCGAAAUUGCACCAGCAGUUUGAAUCCUACAAGGACCAGGUGAAGAAGAUGGGCGAGGAGACCAAGCCGGCUCUGGACCAGAAGAGUGAGGCCCCUACCUGUGGGAUUUGCCAUAAAACCAAGUUUGCCGAUGGCUGUGGCCACCUCUGUUCAUAUUGCCAAACUAAAUUCUGUGCUCGGUGUGGCGGCCGGGUGUCUCUGAGGUCAAAUAAGGAGGACAAAGUGGUCAUGUGGGUAUGCAACUUGUGCCGAAAACAACAAGAAAUCCUCACCAAGUCGGGGGCGUGGUUCUACGGGCCGGGCCCUGGACAGGCGUUUGAGGGCGGGCCGCAGGGUAAGAAGGCCAGGCUGCAGGAUCCGUCCCUCUACCCCUACCACCAGGGAGCUCCAGGGGACACCUCCACGUUACCGGCGUCCCAAAGGGGCCGACCCCGCGGAGGGCUCCUGCCUCGGCAGUCCUCCCUCGACAACGGAACCACGUCGAGGUACUCCGGGUCGGGCGACCUGCUCAUCGACAGGAAACGAAGCCCAUCCGCAUCCAGGGAUCCAAACCAAAAGUACGACCAAAGGGAGGGGGGCGACCACAACCAGCAUGCCCCGGGGGUCGGCGGCAUGCCUCGAUCACCGUCCGACUACGGAGACGGGGACCCUCGGCGGGCUCCGCGGGGCCCUCACAUGUACACGGACGCCGACUCGGCGCGGGCCGGCUACCGGGACCGCCGGGGGCCGGGGCGCUGGCACUCCCAGGAGUACCCCCUGGACCAGGAGCUAGACGGGCCCAGCGAGUACGAGCUGCAGCGCCAGCGACAGGAGGAGUUCCAGACCCGCUACCGCAGCGACCCCAACCUGGCCCGCUACCCCGUCAAGCCCCAGCCCUAUGAGGAGCAGAUGCGCAUGCACGCCGAGGUGGGCCGCAUGAGGCACGAGCGGCGCCACAGCGACGCGUCCCUGGCCUACACGGAGCAGGACGAGCCCGCGCCCAUCCGCCUGUCCCGCCAGCACCUCACCGAGCGCCGGCCGCCCCUGGCGGGACAGCGCUCGUACUCGGUGGACCGCUCCUCCCCGGGACCCGGGGGCCACGGGGGCUACCGGACCUCCAACCACAGCCCGCCCACGCCCCACCGCAGCCCCGUGCUGGGGGAGCGCCCGGGGGACGUGCGGAGGUGCGACCCGGCCGGCGACCCCCUGCGGAGGCAGCAGCAGCAGCAGCAGCAGCAGCAGCAGCACCACCUGGACCCCAGCUCGGCCGUACGCAAGACCAAGCGGGAGAAGAUGGAGAGCAUGCUGCGCAACGACUCGCUGAGCUCCGACCAGUCCGAGUCGGUGAGGCCGCCGCCGCCCAAGCCCCACAAGACCAAAAAGGGAGGGAAGAUGCGGCAGGUGUCCCUGAGCAGCUCGGAGGAGGAGCUGGCCACCACGCCGGAGUACACCAGCUGUGAGGACGUGGAGCUAGAGAGUGAGUCAGUCAGUGAGAAAGGGGACAGUCAAAGGGGAAAAAGACAAACUAUUGAGCAGACAUAUAUGUCCGAGCCGACACACACCUUAUCUGAGAGACAAAAGAAAAUGGUGCGGUUUGGGGGAAACUCAUUUGAAGAGGACUUGGCAUGGUGCGAGCCCCAGGUUAAAGACUCUGGAGUUGAUACGUGCAGUAGCACUACCCUAAACGAGGAGCAUAGCCAUAGUGAGAAGCACCCAGUGACAUGGCAGGCUUCCAAAGAUGAGGAUCGCCUGAUAGGACGCAUUCUGCUCAACAAGCGCAUGAAGGACGGGAGUGUGCCCCGAGACUCGGGGGCCCUGCUGGGACUCAAGGUGGUGGGGGGAAAGAUGACAGAAUCUGGGAGACUCUGUGCUUUCAUCACCAAAGUGAGGAAAGGGAGUCUAGCGGACACGGUCGGGCACCUGAGACCAGGUGACCAGGUGCUGGAAUGGAACGGGACACUUUUACAAGGAGCCACAUUUAAAGAAGUUUACAAUAUCAUUCUGGAAUCCAAGCCUGAGGCCCAGGUGGAGCUGGUGGUGUCCAGGCCAAUAGGCGAUAUUCCGAGGAUACCGGACAGCACACACGCACAACAGGAAUCAAGUUCAAGCUCUUUUGAGUCUCAGAAGAUGGACCGUCCCUCCAUCUCCGUCACGUCCCCCAUGAGUCCCAGCAUGCUGAGGGAUGCUCCUCAGUACCUUUCAGGACAGCUCUCAAGCCAAAGCCUUAGUAGAAGAACAGCGCCUUUCCCCCCUAGGGUUCAGGUCAAACUGUGGUAUGACAAGGUGGGCCAUCAGCUCAUUGUCACCAUCCUCGGCGCCAAGGACCUGCCAUCCAGGGAAGAUGGCCGACCCAGGAACCCUUACGUCAAAAUCUACUUCCUGCCUGACAGAAGUUUGAAUUAUUGUUCCUCCAGUGACAAAAGCAAGAGGAGAACAAAAACGGUAAAGAAAUCCUUAGAGCCCAAAUGGAACCAGACCUUUAUGUACUCCCCCGUGCACCGGCGGGAGUUCCGCGAGCGCAUGUUGGAGAUCACGCUGUGGGACCAGGCCCGUGUCCGGGAAGAGGAGAGCGAGUUCCUGGGAGAGAUCCUGAUCGAGCUGGAGACGGCACUGCUGGACGACGAGCCCCACUGGUACAAGCUCCAGACCCACGACGUCUCCUCGCUGCCCCUGCCCCGUGCCUCCCCCAACACCCAGCGCAGGCAGCUCCACGGGGAGAGCCCCACGCGCCGGCUACAGAGAUCUCAGAGGAUCAGCGACAGCGAGAUCUCCGACUACGACUGUGAAGAGGGAGUCGGCGUAAUCACGGACUACGGAUCGAAUGGCCGGGACUUCCAGAGCUCCACGCUGUCGGUACCUGACCAGGUGAUGUCGUCCAACCACUGUUCCAGGUCGUCCGACAUCAACCGGGCACGCUCGCGCUCUCCAAGCGUCCCCCCUCCCUCUAGCCGUAACCACGAUCACCACCCACCCCUCCACCGCCAGCACCACCGCGUCGCCCCCCUCUGCCGCGAGGAGGCGGUCCGGUUGCUACGCUCCACUCGGAUGGCCCGCACCCACUCUGAGGGUGCCUACUCCUCUGACGGGGACCACGAGAGGAGCCACGGAGCCGCCGAUAGACACGAAUACCCCGCGCGGUCCCGCUCGGCGGACCAGCGGCCCACAAUAGACCGCCCCGCGUCACGGUCCCGCUCCACCGAGCGCCCCCACGACUCCUCGUCGCACAUGAGGUCCAUGCCGUCCCUGCCGUCCGGGAGGUCCGCCCCUCCUUCGCCUGCCUCCACCAGAGCUCACCCCCGGAGUGGUUCCGUACAGACCAGCCCCACCAGUACCCCCAUGUCCAGCCGACGAGGUCGGCAACUACCACAACUUCCACCCCCAGGAAAGGAUCGAAGAGACACGGACUCACCCAGUUGGACGAACUCAGGUGUGGACAUGCAGGAGAGGACCAGGCUGAUGAAGCUGAACAUGAACAAGUACAAGCACGGCGCAGGCUCCGACUCCAGACUGGAGCAAGACUACAACAAGCGAUCAGGACGAGAUCCCCGGGGCUCGGACAACCUGUCGGCCAAAUCUUCGGACAGCGAUGUGAGCGACGUGUCGGGUGCGUCGAGAACCAGUAGCGUCUCUCGGUUCAGCGGCACUAGCUACAUGUCUGUCCAAUCAGAGAGGCCGCAGGGAAACCGCAAGAUCCGUGACUUAUCGUCCAAAAUGAACGACAGGCAGACGGGCCCCGCGGGCGGCGCCAACGUCAUCACCAAGAGCACCAGCGUGAGCGGCGACAUGUGCAACCUGGAGAAGACGGACGGCAGCCAGUCGGACACGGCGGUGGGCACGGUAGGCACCGAGGAGAAGAAGCGGCGCUCCAGCAUCGGCGCCAAAAUGCAGGCCAUCGUCGGCAUGUCGCGCAAGAGCCGCAGCACCUCCCAGCUCAGCCAAACAGAAGCAGGAGGAAAGAAGUUGCGCAGCACCAUCCAGCGUAGCACAGAGACGGGCCUGGCCGUGGAGAUGCGGAGCAGGAUGACCCGGCAGGCCAGCAGGGAGUCCAACGACGGCAGCAUGAACAGCUACAGCUCUGAGGGAAAUCUCAUCUUUCCCGGGGUGAGGCUGUCCUCAGAUGCCCAGUUCAGCGACUUCCUGGAUGGUCUCGGACCCGCCCAGCUGGUUGGACGACAGACGUUGGCCACGCCUCCCAUGGGUGACAUCCAGAUCGGUAUGGUGGACAAGAAGGGAGCUCUGGAGGUGGAGGUUAUAAGAGCCCGUGGCCUUGUGGGAAAACCAGGUUCCAAGGCACUGCCAGCACCAUAUGUAAAGGUCUACCUUUUGGAAAAUGGAGCCUGCAUAGCCAAAAAGAAAACAAAAGUAGCAAGAAAAACCUUGGACCCUCUUUACCAGCAGCAACUGCCGUUUGAAGAGAGUCCGGGAGGCAAGGUUUUACAGAUCAUCGUAUGGGGGGACUAUGGACGCAUGGACCAUAAAUCCUUCAUGGGAGCGGUUCAGAUACUGUUAGACGAGCUGGACCUGUCCAACAUGGUGAUUGGCUGGUUCAAGCUCUUUCCCCCUUCCUCAUUGGUGGACCCUACACUGGCCCCCCUAACGAGGAGAGCGUCUCAAUCGUCACUGGACAGUUUCUCGCGGUCAUAGCAGUGAGCGGACUGGUAGCGUUGUUGUAGCAGCCAGUGUUGAAGUACAGGCCGCGUCUCGCCCCCCGGUUACACUGCAUGCUUGAUGUUGUGUCUUCUGAGCCUGUUGCUAGGGGUGUGAACAUGACCCUUUGUUUUGAGCAAAAAAAUAAUAAUUAAAGAGGUCGCGCACACGACAGGGCCCAGGGCAACGCGCCGCCUGGGGGCCAGACUCGCCAGGUGGCCGUCGUGGGUUUUUUGGAGGAAGCCGGAAUGAACUCCUUAGCACGAGGAAUCCGCCAGGUUCCGGGUUUUCAUCCAGUUCCAAGC